UUCAAUAAUUAUGAGUUGCAGUGCGCAUUUAGAAGCUUGAACUCGUCGAACUUGAGAAAGAGCCCCUCUCUUCACGUCCUGUGGAACCCACUGAGUCUCAACAUCUCGGCUAACAGAACUGAAUGAAUAAUGAGUUAAAAUAGAAAGAUAGAGAAUAGAGGCAAAGAUGCGUUACUGAUGUGAUUUUUUUUAGCAGCGCAUCUGUGUGUAAACCCCAAAUGCGCACAGCAGUUAAAACCCUUUGCAUUCAGUUGCGGUGCAGAUUUACGAGGUCGCAUGAUCUAUUUUAAACCCAAAUCCCAACAACUGCACUCUCAGGUCUGUGCAAGAUCUCAAGGGAGGUGUAAGUUCUUUCAGACCUGUUUCCCUCUGUAUUCUCUUGCUUUAUGGCCAAGCUUGGAAUGAUUUGUCAUUUGAGUAAAACCAGUUUUACAGCCAGGCGACUUGCAUCUCUUUUGUUUACGCCCACUCAAGUGUUCAUUAGACUACUACUUAUUGAUCGGGCUUUAAAACCCAAAUGAUUUCAACGUAACUCGUUCGGUCGGUUUUAAAUUUGUGUAUUUUUACUGUACAUCUGCUUUAGUGUCAGCGUCGUACUAAGUCUUUUGUUGGUAAGGAAGUAGCUACUGCCACUGUUGCGUGGAGGGAGGGAAGAUCUGUGCAGUCAAACAGAAGAAACUGGAGAGGAAGAAAAGUAGGAAACCACCGCAGUCAGACCCCGGAGUCUCAUUCAGCACCUCUCGUUGCUGGACAGCGUCUGAGCGGCGGAGUUGGCGGAUAAUCAGGAGAUAUGCUCUAACAUCUAAUCCAUUGAGGAACCCUGCAGGCAUAAGACUGCGGGAAGAAAAAAAAGUCGACUUUCUUAUUCUACUUCCCACCUCUCUUUUUCUUGUUUUUCUGUCGUAAUCUGUGCGGUGGGAUUUCAGGAAGCAGCAUUCAAACAACGAGUGAGUCCAGAGCUGCUGACUGGAACUGGCUGGCAAAGACGCAGGAGGAGGAGAGGAAGACCAAGCAGGAAAGGAGCAUAGAUCGCAGAACUUCUUUCUUCUCCACUUUCAGUUCACUUGUACCAAGAGGGCUGAAAGGAAUUAUGGUCAUUUACAACUAAUCUACAGAAGCAAAUACGUUGGGAAAGCAAUAAAUAUUGCUGGCUGGAUUACAUUUUCUCUCAUUAUGAAGAGGAAAUACAGUUACUGAAAAUGGAGCCUAAAGUGGAUGCCACUGUGACAUUCUAUCUGCUUGACACACCAAGAGAGUUGAACGUAAUUGUGUGCUCCAGGAAAAACCAGAAAAGAGAGGCAAGCUUCCCAUCUUUGUUCUUGCCUUAUGAGAGCAGUCUCUCUGGACUCCGCUUCAGCACACUCUGCACUGUUUAGUUGCUGCAUGUAUCCACCACUAUCAGGUAUAAGCAAGGACUAAAACACAAAGAGAGAACAAAAAAAAGUAGGUAAACAGAGCAAAGCGGCAUAAUUAGUGCUACUGACUUUGUGUCAGAGCAAGAAACCAUGAGAAGAGACCUUUGAAGACAACUGUGCUCUGAAAAGCAUUGCAGCUAACCUCCAGGACAUUUUUAUGUGUGUGGGGGUAUAUGUGUACACGCCUCUGUCAUUUUCAAAGGAACUGAAUUUGUGUUUUGAUGCAGAUUUAGCCUUUCAUUAUGACUCUACAAGGAGGCUUUGAGAGACUGUGGAGUGGGUGCCAUAGAAAGCUUUUCUGUUGGCUCUUGCUUCUGGCUUGUUAUUGUUUGAUCACCUCGGCAGCUAAGCCCAAAAUGCCAGGCCACACACACCUCAACUCAAUACGUAUCGAUGGGGACAUAUCUCUGGGCGGACUUUUCCCAGUACAUGCAAGAGGGAAUGAUGGCAAAGCCUGCGGAGAGCUAAAGAAGGAGAAAGGGAUCCAUAGGCUGGAGGCCAUGUUGUUUGCCCUGGAUCGUAUCAAUAAUGACAACGAGCUGCUGCCUAAUAUUACUCUGGGAGCCCGCAUCCUUGACACGUGCUCCCGGGACACCCAUGCUCUGGAACAGUCGCUGACAUUUGUCCAGGCAUUGAUUGAGAAAGACUCGACUGAUGUGAAGUGUCUCAGCGGAGGGCCACCCAUCAUCACUAAGCCAGAGCGAGUGGUCGGAGUGAUUGGUGCCUCCGCCAGCUCCGUGUCAAUCAUGGUAGCCAAUAUUUUGCGGCUCUUUAAGAUCCCUCAAGUGAGUUAUGCCUCUACAGCCCCAGAACUGAGUGAUAACACCCGCUAUGACUUUUUCUCCCGGGUGGUGCCGCCAGACACCUAUCAGGCUCAGGCUAUGGUUGACAUUGUCAAAGCCAUGCGCUGGAAUUACGUCUCAACUGUAGCUUCAGAGGGAAACUAUGGCGAAAGUGGUGUUGAUGCAUUUAUUCAAAAAUCUAGAGAGGAUGGUGGAUUGUGCAUAUCACAGUCAGUGAAAAUCCCACGUGAACCAAGAGUUGGAGAGUUUGACAAGAUCAUUCACCGGCUAAGUGAGAACCCGAAUGCUCGAGUGGUCAUUAUUUUUGCCAAUGAGGAUGACAUCAGGCGCCUCCUUCAAGCAGCUAAAAGAGCCAAUCAGACAGGUCAUUUCAUCUGGGUAGGCUCAGACAGCUGGGGAUCCAAAAUUUCUCCAAUCCUGAACCAAGAAGAAAUGGCAGAAGGCGCUGUUACCAUCCUACCAAAGCGACAGUCCAUCAAAGGUUUUGAUCGGUACUUCAUCAGCCGAACAUUGGAGAACAACAGACGCAAUAUCUGGUUUGCUGAGUUUUGGGAGAACAAUUUCCAGUGCAAGCUUAGUCGGCACGCUGUGAAGAAAGGAUCUGGCAUCAAAAAGUGCACAAACCACGAGCGGAUUGGAAAAGAUUCAUCCUACGAACAGGAGGGGAAGGUCCAAUUCGUGAUAGAUGCUGUUUAUGCCAUGGCCCAUGCUCUCCACAAUAUGCACAAAGACCUCUGCCCUGGAAAAGUGGGCCUCUGCUCCAAAAUGGAUACCAUCAAUGGCACGCUUCUUCUCAAAUAUAUUCGCAUUGUCAACUUUACAGGAAUUGCUGGCACCCCUGUGGUCUUCAAUGUGAAUGGAGAUGCUCCUGGUCGCUAUGAAAUCUACCAAUACCAGAUCAGUAAUAACACUACAGAAUACAAGAUCAUCGGGCACUGGACAGAUCAGCUCUACUUAAGUACUGAUGAGUUGCAGUGGCCUGGUGGAUCCCAAGAAGUUCCAUCCUCCAUCUGCAGCCAGCCUUGCCGUCCUGGGCAGCGCAAGAAGACAGUGAAGGGGAUUCCAUGUUGUUGGCAUUGUGAGAGUUGUGACGGUUACCAGUAUCAGGCAGAUACUUACACCUGCAAGAUGUGCCGCUUUGAUUUGCGGCCAAAUGACAACCACACGGGAUGCGUUCCCAUUCCCAUUGUCAAGCUGGAGUGGAGCUCUCCUUGGGCAGUCAUUCCUGUCCUGAUUGCAGUGUUGGGCAUCGUAGCCACUUUACUAGUGGUUCUUACAUUUGUUCGCUACAACGACACACCCAUUGUUAAGGCAUCAGGUCGAGAACUGAGUUAUGUACUAUUGACAGGUAUCUUUUUGUGCUAUGCUACAACUUUCCUCAUGAUCUCCACCCCAGAUGUGUUUGUGUGCUCACUGCGCAGGAUUUUUCUGGGGCUGGGCAUGAGUAUAAGCUAUGCAGCAUUGCUAACCAAGACAAAUCGGAUAUACAGGAUUUUUGAGCAGGGCAAGAUGUCUGUCAGUGCUCCUCGAUUAAUCUCCCCAGCCUCUCAGUUAGUCAUCACGUUCAGCCUGAUAUCAGUACAGCUACUUGGAGUAUGCAUCUGGUUUGGGGUCGAUCCAUCACAAGCUAUUAUCGACUAUGAGGACCAGCGUACAGCCAAUCCUGAAAUGUCACGAGGUGUACUGAAAUGCGACAUAUCAGAUCUGUCCCUCAUCUGUCUGCUGGGUUAUAGCAUGCUUCUGAUGGUCACCUGCACAGUUUAUGCAAUCAAAACAAGGGGAGUUCCUGAGACAUUCAACGAGGCCAAGCCUAUUGGCUUUACCAUGUACACCACCUGCAUUGUAUGGCUGGCCUUUAUCCCCAUCUUUUUUGGGACUUCGCAAUCAACAGAAAAGAUGUAUAUCCAGACAACAACUCUGACCAUCUCUGUCAGCCUCAGUGCAUCAGUUUCACUGGGAAUGCUCUACAUGCCCAAGGUCUAUGUGGUUCUCUUUCAUCCAGAGCAGAAUGUGCCCAAGCGCAAGCGCAGCCUCAAGGCUGUGGUCACUGCAGCCACCAUGUCCAACAAGUUCAACCCCAAAGGAGGCCUGAGGCCAAAUGGAGAGGCUAAAUCUGAACUCUGUGAAAGUCUGGAAACACAAGACUGUGUUGAGGGAGGGGAGCCUUGUGAGGGACUGUAGACUCUCAGUGUUGGCCUCGAAGCAGACAUACAUCAGCUACAGCAACCAUGCCAUCUAAGACAAAGACAAACCAUGAGAAAGAAGCAAAGGUUUACCACGAGAGGAAUCACCUGUUUUUUUAGGGGGUCACUGAAAAGUUUGAUGAAGAACCUUCAAACCACUGCAAAAGAGAGUACAUGGAAUGAAUCAUGGAAAUUACUCUCACCUCACUCAAACAAGGAUGCCAUAUUUUUCUAGGGAAUACGGCUUGAAUGCCAAAUUAAUAUUAAAUGAGUAUAUUGCAGAAUUGAGAUGGGAGAUGUAAGAGAGCUUGAAUAGAUAGGAAUUCUCCUCUUCUAACUCUUUUGGGGUCUUAAGUGAGAGUUGAUUAUUGACGUUUUCAAAGCAGGCUGAGAAGAACACCUGGAAUCUAGAGUAUGCUUUUUCUUCUGAAGUGUAUAGCACACAAAACUUCAGUUCUUCAUGAGGCUGAAUCAUUACAUUUUUGCAAAACCAGGGAGUUGGUGUUGUGUUUUUUUUGUUUUGUUUGUUUGUCAAACACAGUUGACAAGAUGAAUCAUUAUCUUGUCAAACAUGGUUGACAAGAUGAUCCAUUAUAGAAACAGUAUUUUUGUUUACAGUAAUCAGUGGAGUUGGAAGUUGCAGUUCUCUUCAUACUGUACAUGCCUUACUACAGCACACUCAGUAUUCCUACAUGAACUAAUCACAAAUGAAAGAAAAUAAAACAAUGGGUCAUCCCAGUUGUUAAGUAUAAUUUUCAUAAUGAUGAUAUCAUCAUCAUCUUGAGAAACCUCCUGUACAGUCCCAGAGCAUGCUAUUGGGAACAUCCCGUGUACCGUGCUGUGUUGUCAAUGUCUUUGGAAUGCAACAUUGUCACAUUUGUCAUUCACAGUGAAGAUGUAAUUUUGAAUCGUUACCUGUUAGGUAACAUUCUGCUGGACAAAAGAGCAAUUAUACACAAAAGGAGCUAAACUGAAUUGCAAUUCAAUAUUUUUACAUCAUUCUCCAUACAUAUCAGCUGACUUGAUAAUGCAUUUUUUUUUUUUUACAUAAAUAAAAUGGUCCUUAUUUAUCUCGCACAGGCAGAACCUUUAGGCAAGUCAAGGAGUUUUCUGAUUGUUCUGAUUGUUCUUUAUCGCAGCCUCCACUCAUUGUUUUUGACAAAACCAGGUUAUUAGAAUGGAAUCUAUUUCUGUAUGUUUAUUCCAAUGUUAAAGACGCAGUGCUGAAUUUUGCCCUGCGUUUAGGAAUACUCAUUCACUCUUAUCUUAGUGCUGCAGCAAUAGUUCAGUUUAGACUGUACCCUGUACCUAAAUGCAGUGUUUAACAAAAUUGUUUGUAAUGAUAAGAAACCUUAACAUUUCUGUGUUUUGCACGUUUUAAAAUAUAAACCUAAUGCUAAUGAUGGAUUAUAGGGGAGAGACUGAGAAUUUCUAGGUCAGCAUUAAAUAGUUUGCAGUUUUUGUUUUGCUGCACACUAUUUUGCUUUCUUUGUCCUUUUUGAUGACUAUUAAUGCUAAAAUGAUCAGUUAUCAAUGACAUCUUCAUUAGCAUUCUGGAGGUAAAUACGAUUUACAUAAUCUGGCUGUUUAAUGCUUAGUAGUAAUUUUAGAGAAAUCCAGAUCUUUCAAGUUGGUGGUCAUCAGCUUUUCUUUCAGCUGGUUCAGUUUGUUUGGACAGAAGACAAAUUAGCUCAAUGUUUAACAACCCGCUCUCGGAAAACUAAAAACCCCAAACGACAAAAAAACACGUUUUCACCAAGCAUAAUUGCAAAAGUUUUCAUGCUCCUUGAACUUUCCCACAUUUUGUCAUGUUAUCACUACAGUCAUCAAUAUAAUUUAAUAAAAUUUCAUGUGAUAAUUUUAAACCAACACCAAAUAGUGGAUUUUUUUUUUAUUUAAUAAAAUUUUAAAAACCACAAAAUAUCGACUCAGUCACCUUGACUCAAUAGUUUUUAGAGCUACCCUUUGCUGUAUUUGCAACUGUGGGUAAUUUAUUUUUUGCAAUUUGUCUUUACCGUGCGUAUUUUAUAUCUAGAGACUGAUUCUUCUUUGCAAAAUGCAGUAGCUCAAGUUCAGUUAGAUAUGUUAUUUCAGCGUCUGUAAACAUCAAUUUUUUAAGAUUGAAGAACUUUGCCCCAGUUUUAGGUCUUUUGCAGCUUUUUUUCCAGGUCUGUCCUGCAUUUAGCUCAAGCCACCUUCUCUUUCCCUGCUGUAGAAAGUAAUCCCCAUAGCAUGAUGCUGCCAUUACCAUGUUUCACGGUGCGCAUUGUAUGUUUCCAGGUAGGCUAGGUACACUAGAAAGUUCAGUCAUGGUCUAUUCUUACCAGAGCACCUUCUUUCUCAUGUUUGGUGUUCCUCAAACAUGACUUGUGGUAAACUGUAAACAGGGCUUCUUAUCACUUUCAACAUUGUUCUUCUACUUGCCACUCCUAUGUAAAGGCCAGAUUUGUGGAGUGCAAAACUAAUAGUUGUCCUGUCAACAGAUUUUGUUACCUGAGCUGUGGAUUUCUGCACCCCAUACAACAUAGGCCUCCUAGUAACCUCUCUGAAUUUACCUCUCCUCACCCUGGCCAUCAAUUUAGGUGGAUUGUUUUCUUAAGCUUUUUACAACUUUAUUUCUGACCUGUUUGGUGUGUUCCCUAGUCUUCAUAAUGCUGUUUGUUCACUAAUGGUAAAUGGCUUACACUUGUAUUGCUCUUUAUCAAGUCAGCAGAUCCCAAAGCGCUUUACACUACAAUCAGUCAUCCACCUAUUUGUACACACAGUGAUAGUGGUAAGCUAUAUUGAAGAUACAGCUGCCCUGGGGCAGACUGACAGAAGCGGGGUUGGCAUACAAUUGGCACCAUCAUCAGCAGGCCAUCAGCAGGCAAGGCAGGUGAAGUGUCUUUGCCCAAGGACACAACUGAGACAGACAGAGCUGGAGUUUGAACCGACAACCCACCAGUUACAAGACAAACCCCUACCACCUGUUGCCACCAUCGCCCCAACACUAAUUUACAAAAAAACGUUAAGGACCUAUCAGAAGAUCUGUAUGCUGAGAUGAAAUGACACACAAGGGUACUCUAUUGACUAAUCACAUUACUUGUGAAAACACGUGUUUCCUGAGAUCUUAUUUAAGUAUAUUGAUAAAAGGCAGCUCAAUUUAUACCACCACACAUUUUUCCAUAUUUGUGUUUGUUCUAAAAACAUACAUUAUUUUUCUUCUACUUUACAAUACAUGCUAGUUUGUGGUUGUCUAUCAUAUUAAAGUCCAUAAAAAUACAUUAAAAUGUGCAGUUGUAACAUGACAAAAUGUGUAAACUUUCUAUGUUUAUUUUUUGCAAGGCAAGCUAGAUGCAAUGAUAGCAGCCUGUCUUUUAGACAAAACAUUAUGGAAUCCGCCAAAGUCCUGGCAUCUCAAAUAUGCAUUUCAAAAGAAUGUUUAGGCCUUUCUGCCAUCUAGCACUCACGACUGAGAGUUGAUUACAAAUUAUAUAUUUGCUUGAUAAAUAAGGGCCAGUGCCUUCAUCCUGUGCCUCAUGCCAACUACUUCUGCAAUUCUUUUUCAGUUUCAUGGUGUUCUGUGUAUUCUGUUCAAGCAUAAUUCAGCACUGAACAUGUACAGUUUAUAGUUAUGUGCAAACUGCAUUCCUGUCUUCAGUCUCAAGCAUUUGUCAUAAAUAGUAAAUCUUGAAUUUGUUUCAUUAAAUGUUAUUCUCAGCAAUGCAAAAGUCUGUAUGUUGCAUGUCAGAACUCAUAUGUCACAAGAACAGUUUGAGAGAAAGGCAUAAUGUUCAAAAGGAAAACUGCUGCAGAUGAUUAUAAAUAACUAAAAGUUUCAGUGACUGAUUUAUUCAGCUUCAGCAAGUCUACACUAAUGCAACAAAAGUUUUCUCAUUAUUGGAUCGAGUAUUGUUUGUGGGAUUGUUUGUGUUUGUGAAUAUCAAUGAUUUACUGUUUUUUAUGCCACAGAUCCUUUUAUUUCUUUUUCUACAACACUGUGUGUGUUGCAAAAUACAAUAUGUAAGUGCUGACUGAAGUUAAAUGGUAAGUUAAUGUAUCUUAUUACAAUGGAUUGAUCAUGUCUGCUUUAUGUACUGACAUAUUAAAAAAAUAUCAAAACGUUA